ACAGCAGUACAGAGGACAAGGCAGCUCCUGUUUCGAUGAUGAGCAGCAUGGCCAGCGUGGGGAGGCCCAAAGCAGUGUCUCAUUGUGUCGUUGGGAAGGAGAAGGAGAGGACAUGGUCUCGUGACAACGACAGGCUGAAAACAGUGUCUCCUUGCAUCAAAGGAAAACCCAGAGCUGUCUCUCCAGGCAUGAUAGGGGAGCAGAGGGCAGUGCCUCCUUGGAGGCCAGAGUCGAUGUCUCCAGGUGUGAUAGGAAGAGAUAGGGCAUGGUCCCUUGGUGUGCUCCAGACCACCAGCGGCUACAGCAGUGUGACCCCAUGCCAGACCACUACUAAGACUCUCCGAGUGACGGACAUCUUGGACUCCAAACCAGAGCCAACCAAGGCCCCUGUCAAGAUCCGGCCCCCCAGCCCACGUCCCCCACCCCCCAAGGAGCCCAUUUUCAGUCGCAACCUGUCCAGUGACCCUCCRGUCCAGCCCAUCAUAAGACGUAGGGCCCAGUCUUUGCCCUCGGUCCACGAGAGAAUUAGAGACCGCCAGGUACGCUUCGUGGACUCCUUGGGGCUGGAGCUGGAGGAAGUCAAGGUGUUCAGCAACGGAGAGGAGCCUCGGAUUCCCGCCCACGUCUUCUCCAGACUUCUCAUGAGCGCUGAGAUGAACUCAGGGCGGUCCCUGGAGCUUUCCUUGCCUUACUUCAAACCCUGUUUUCCCGAAAACACGGGCUCCCAGCCGGGAUUCGUUAAGCGUCUGGUGGAGCAGGUCGUCUCUCUGGACCAGGUCUUGUGUUCUGAGCUGGGCAUCAUCGGCAAGGUGCAGGUCCUCAACCUGGCCUUCAACAAGGAGGUGACGAUCCACUACUCCUUCACCAACUGGAGGAGCAGUGCUGAGACCAGAGCCUGCUGGGUGGCUACCCUCCACAGGGAUCAGAUGGAGGGACCAGAGUCUGAUGUAUUCCGGUUCCGUCUGCCCGUCCCGCCCUUCAUCCUGCUGCCUGGAGCCCAGCUGGAGUUCGCUGUUGUGCAGAAGUGA